AUGCCCUCAGCCACCAGCAGCGCGAUGGCGGGCAGCGGCGGUAAAGCGGCCAGCGAGGCGGCGGCGGCAGCUCCGUCCCAGGCGGCGGCGGCGGCGAGUGCGGCCGCGGCAGUUCCGGGCGGCGGCACGAGUUCGGUCCAGACCGAGGCCAUGAAGCAGAUCCUGGGCGUCAUCGACAAGAAAUUGCGCAACCUGGAGAAGAAAAAGGGCAAACUUGAUGAUUAUCAAGAUCGAAUGAACAAAGGAGAACGCCUUAACCAAGAUCAGCUGGAUGCUGUGUCCAAGCACCAAGAAGUCAGUAAUAACCUGGAAUUCGCUAAGGAACUACAGAGGAGUUUUAUGGCACUGAGCCAGGAUAUUCAGAAAACGAUAAAGAAGACAGCUAGACGGGAACAACUAAUGAGAGAAGAAGCUGAACAAAAACGUUUAAAAACAGUACUUGAACUACAGUACAUUUUGGACAAGUUGGGUGAUGAUGAAGUGCGCAAUGAUCUAAAACAAGGAACAAAUGGAGUGCCGGUAUUAACAGAGGCAGAAUUGUCAACACUAGAUGAAUUUUACAAGCUAGUUGAACCUGAACGGGACAUGAAUGUGAGGUUGAGUGAUCAGUAUGAACAGGCAUCCAUUCAUCUCUGGGACUUAUUGGAAGGAAAGGAAAAACCUGUAUGUGGAACAACCUAUAAAGCCCUAAAAGAAGUCAUUGAACGCAUUCUGCAAACAACUUACUUCGAUAGUACCCACAGCCAUCAAAAUGGACUAUGCGAAGAAGAGGAGACGGCCCCUGCACCGGCAGUGGAGGAUCCUGUUGCAGCACCUGAGCCAGAGCCAACAGAAGAAUACACUGAACCCAGUGAAGUUGAAUCAACAGAGUAUGUAAACAGACAGUUCAUGGCAGAGACUCAGUUCAGCAGUAGUGAGAAGGAACAGGUAGAUGAGUGGACAGUUGAAACUGUUGAGGUGGUAAAUUCACUCCAGCAACAACCACAGGCUACAUCUCCUCCAGUACCAGAUCCCCAUACGCUUACUACUGUGGCUCAAGCUGAUCCUCUUGUUAGGAGACAACGAGUACAAGACCUUAUGGCCCAAAUGCAAGGCCCCUACAACUUCAUGCAGGACUCCAUGCUGGAAUUUGACAACCAGGCGCUCGAUCCUGCUAUUGUUUCAGCCCAGCCCAUGAAUCCAGCACAAAACUUGGACAUGCCACAGAUGGUUUGCCCUCCAGUUCAUAGUGAAUCCAGACUUGCUCAGCCUACCCAGGUUCCUGUGCAGCCUGAAGCUACACAGGUCCCUUUGGUUUCUUCCACAAGUGAGGGAUAUACAGCAUCCCAGCCCAUGUAUCAGCCUUCUCAUUCAACAGAGCAGCGGCCUCAGAAAGAAUCAAUUGACCAGAUUCAGGCUUCAAUAACUUUAAAUGCAGACCAGACACCAACAACAUCGCCGCUUCCAGCUGCAACCCAGCCUCAGGUAUUCCAGGCUGCCACUAGCAAACCUUUGCAUAGCAGCGGAAUCAAUGUCAACGCAGCUCCAUUCCAGUCCAUGCAGACAGUAUUUAACAUGAAUGCACCUGUUCCUCCUGUCAAUGAGCCAGAAACCUUAAAGCAACAAAAUCAGUACCAGACCAGUUACAGCCAGUCUUUCUCCAGUCAGCCUCAUCAAGUAGAGCAAUCAGAACUUCAGCAAGAACAGCAGCUCCAGACAGUGGUUGGCACCUACCAUGGUUCCCCGGACCAGUCCCAUCAAGUGGCAGGUAACCACCAGCAGCCUCCGCAACAGAAUACUGGGUUCCCACGUAACAGUCAGCCUUAUUAUAACAGCCGGGGAGUGUCUCGUGGUGGAUCACGCGGCACUCGAGGCUUAAUGAAUGGAUACAGGGGACCAGCCAAUGGGUUUAGAGGAGGGUACGAUGGCUACCGCCCUUCAUUUUCCAACACUCCAAAUAGUGGUUACACACAGGCACAAUUUAAUGCUCCUCGAGACUAUUCCAACUACCAGCGGGAUGGAUAUCAACAGAAUUUCAAGCGUGGCUCUGGACAGAGUGGUCCUCGGGGAGCCCCUCGAGGUCGUGGAGGGCCCCCAAGACCCAACAGAGGGAUGCCUCAAAUGAAUGCUCAGCAAGUGAAUUAAACUAAUUCACAGGAUUACAUUUAAACGCCAAAAACAUACUGGCCAGUGUACCAUACAUGUUACCAGAAGAGUUAUCUCUUUGUUCUCCUUUUUAGGAAGUUCAUAGUAAAGGGAUUAUUUUCGUUGCCCAUAAAGACAGGACUACAGUUGUCAACUUUAAUAUUACCUGGAUAUGGAAAGAAACAAAGUUUACUCUGCAUGUUCUAGCCUAAGCGUCAUCUUGAGCCUUGCACAUGAGUUCCAGAAUUUUUACUCUUGCUCUGAUUAAAAGCAAAAUUAGCAGUUUCAGGGUAAUGAAAAUCUCAGUAGUUCACAGGCAGAAAUGGCCCAAUAACUGAC